AUGGAAGCUCAAAAUUGGUGGAACUUGGUGAGAACCGAAUUGAACCUGAGCGACAAGGACAGACGCCGAUGGCUUGAUGAGGUUUAUCGUUUAAUCCAAAAUUGGCGGGGCCCAUUACCAACUCAUCAAGAUCUUUUAAGGAUCUGGGGAGUCGGAAAAAUUGUGUUCUUUCUCGCGCUAGUCGUAAUAGACAGGGACGGCAACGAGGAGGCAAGAAAACGAUUCAUCCAGUUUAUGGUUGCAACCGGUUAUAAAGACGAGCCCGGAGUCGCCCGAAACGACCAAUACCAGCUGGUGCGUCGCACCACACCCAUACACCUCGCUUUGUACGCGCUUAGACACGACCGUUUCGACGAUUGGGAUGGCAUGGUCCGUUUGCUCUUUCAAAUAUACGACAGAUUCGAUGUGAACUACGUCGACGAAAAUGGAUUGGGAUUGACGCAUUUCGAGGCGGCCUUCCGCCUCGUGGAUCGUCGACUCGUCAAGAUCUACCUCUUGAACGGGCAGGAUCCUAAUAUUAAGAUUGCAGGUUAUUCGCCGCUACGACAUGCUGUGAGGAACAGAGACGCGAUAUUGGCCACGGAUCUACUGACACAUGGAGCCGAUCCGACUCGGGUCGACGACGAUGGAUCCACCGCUCUGCACCAGAUCUGCCAGAGUCGUCAGAAUAACUUGGUGAAAAUAUUCCCGAAGGAGAGCGUCACCUGGCGGAGAGAUUUUCAGGUCAAUGUGUAUGACCGAUCGGGCAACACACCGCUGCACUUGGCUGCCCGUAACUGCAGCCCGGAGACCAUCGAAAAACUGCUGAGGCUAGGCGCCGAUCCCAAUCUGGCCGACAAUGAUGGAUGCACGGCUCUGCACCUCAUUUGCAACAGAGACCAACCCUACAAGUCGUUGACAAAAGUCUUCGAGAUCUGCGAUGUAUUCCCGCGACAGGUGGAGAUCAAUGCCAGGAACAAAGAGGGUAGAACACCAUUGGACUUGUUAUAUCAUAUGGGCCAUCGUAAAAAUAUUCAGACGUUGAAAUUCAUGAAGAGUCGAGGCGCCCGGCACUAG